AUGUUCGCCGCUCGUCGUACUGCCAGCCUCUUCCAGAAGCGUGCCUUCUCGGCCUCCGCUAUCAAUGCCUCCAAGGUCUCCGUUCUCGGUGCCGCCGGUGGUAUUGGCCAGCCUCUCUCCCUGCUGCUGAAGCUCAACCCCCGUGUUUCCGAGCUUGCUCUCUACGAUAUCCGCGGUGGACCCGGUGUCGCUGCUGACUUGAGCCACAUCAACACCAACAGCACCGUUACCGGCUACAACCCCGAUGCUUCCGGUCUCCGUGACUGCCUCGAGGGCUCCGAGAUCAUCCUCAUUCCCGCUGGUGUUCCCCGCAAGCCCGGUAUGACCCGUGAUGACCUCUUCAACACCAACGCCUCCAUCGUCCGCGACCUCGCUAAGGCCGCCGCUGAGGCCGCCCCCAAGGCUCACGUCCUGGUCAUCGCCAACCCCGUCAACUCCACCGUCCCCAUCGUCGCCGAGGUCUACAAGGCCCGCAACGUCUACGACCCCAAGCGUCUGUUCGGUGUCACCACUCUUGACGUCGUCCGUGCCUCGCGCUUCAUCUCGCAGGUCCAGAACACCAACCCCUCCGGCGAGGCUGUCCCCGUCUCCAACCACUCCUCCAUCGCCGGCCAGGCCCGCGAUGCCCUUGUCAACCGCAUCCAGUUCGGUGGUGACGAGGUUGUUAAGGCCAAGGACGGUGCCGGUUCCGCCACCCUCUCCAUGGCCAUGGCCGGUGCCCGCUUUGCCGAGUCUCUCCUCCGCGCCGCCCAGGGCGAGAAGGGUGUCAUCGAGCCCACCUUCGUCGACUCCCCUCUGUACAAGGACCAGGGUAUCGACUUCUUCGCUUCCCGCGUCGAGCUCGGCCCUAACGGUGUUGAGAAGAUCAACUCCGUUGGCGAGAUCAACGAGUACGAGCAGGGUCUCCUCGAUGCCUGCCUGACUGACCUCAAGAAGAACAUCCAGAAGGGUGUUGACUUCGUCAAGGCCAACCCUUGA